AUGGACAGCGAUUUGUCUUCGAAAGAGGGCAGCCUCAAGAAGUCGGGAUACGAUACGCCUACCUCUGAGAACGCGAGUCUCAAGAGAUCCAGCCAUGGCAUUCUGCUGGAGCCACAGCCAACGGACGAUCCGAAGGACCCCCUCAACUGGUCAUUGACGAAGAAGCUGACGAUACUUGGUGUCGUGUCUUUUGCAGCUCUUGCAGCUGGCACCGUUGGGCAGGCGAACCAGUUUGGCAUGAACGUACAGGCUGCUGUGUAUGGCAAGACUCCCAUCGAGGUGUCGUACAGUACAGCGGCAAAUGCAGCUGGUGUUGCCACUGGCCCACUUCUCUGGGUGCCGCUCAGCAACUACUUCGGCAGGACGUCAGUUAUCUUCUGGACCCAACUUCUCGCGACGGGCAUGUGCAUCUGGUCAUCGCUGAUGACGGGCGCCGGAGACUACAACAGCUUCAUCGUCUCACGUUGGCUGGCGGGGACCUUCUGUUCAGCCUCCUUCGCCCUCGGUGGAGGUGUAAUUCUCGAUACAUUCUUUCUGCACCAGCGUGGCAAGGCCUAUGCCACUUACACCGCCUUCUGGAUUCUCGGGGCGUACCUUGCUGGCACGUCAUCAGUCUUCAUCGUUGGCACACAGUCAUGGCCAGUCCAAUUCUACUGGGUGACUGGCGUGAUCGGUCUGUCUGCAAUCCUCAUCUUCUUCCUAAUGGAAGAUACCACGUACGACCGAAAAUUCGGGACACGCAAAUCAUCAUCUACGCUGGCCGAGUCCUACAUAACCAACCGCAUUGCCACUUUCUCCCCCGGCCACAAAGUCAUUGCACCAUCACCAAUCUAUCGUAGUCCCUUUGACACGAUCCUCAUCGGGGUUCAGCCCAUCACACUCAUCUCAGGUGCCUUCGUCUGCAUCACCUUCGGCUGGGCAGUGCCUGUACAGACACUCAUCGGUGUCUUCCUCCAGCUACCGAAACAAGCUGGCGGCUACGGCUUCACAGGUGUACAGGUGGCUUGCUUCAGCUUCAUCUCCUGGCUCUCGAUCGUGGUAGCAGAAGUCCACGCACUGCUGCUCAACGACCGCGUUGCUCUGUGGGCGUGCAAGCGCAACGGCGGGAUCUGGAAGCCAGAGUUCAGACUUUACCCGCUUAUGCUCCCGCCUCUCAUCCUUCUGCCCUUCGCACUUGGACUAUUUGGUGCAGCGCUCCAGUACAACUUCACCUACUGGGCUAUUGCUGUGGCAUUCUUCCUCGUCAGCUUUGCGGAUUCGAUUGUCCUGCCGAUCACAAUCAAUUACAUUUCGGAGUGCUUCGGAAACCACCCUACAGAGGUGUUCGUCAUUGUCAACUUCUACCGCUUCAUCCUCGGAGCAACGGUCAUGUUCUUCUUCGAACCUUGGGCCCAUACUGUUGGAUAUGGAUGGGCUUUCGGUAUGAUGGCAUUCUUCAGCGUGCUGGGCUUUACUGGUACGCUGGGAAUGUGGUGGUUUGGACCGCAGCUGAGAAGUCUUACAUACAUUAAGCGUUUCGUAGCUACCGAGGAGGGAGACCAAUUGUUCGGGCACAUUUCGCCUGUAGAUCGGGAGAGUAUUCAUGUGCCGGCAGAGAAGCCAUGA